UCAAUCAAUUUCUCACUUGCAGAUGACUCCCGUGUCACAUUUUUGGACGAUGAUGAUGACGAAUUGUCCACCAAUAACGGCAUUCAAUACUCAGAUUUGGACGACAUGGAGUACGAAAAAGAUAACGAAGACGACACGUUGAUUCCUCAACUGAGGAUGUCACACGAGUUGCAGGAAAACUACAUCACGCUACCGGAUAAGGAUGGAGAAUUUCAAAUUGUUCCACGGUUUUCGGUUCGGGAAAGUCGUCACAACAGUAGCCAAUAUGAUGCGAUCAAGUACGUGCGGUUUCGAUUCUACAACCGUUUGAAUCGAAACCAAUCGGCCGAGUUCGGUUUUGAUAAGAUCCGAUCGCUACCGCACGAUUACGGCUUCAAUGUGUUGCUUCCAACGAUGAUCCUGAUUCACGGUUGGCUAGGCAGUUCCGAGUCCGAAGUGAUUGAACCACUGGCACAAGAGCUGUUGGAACACACCAAUUUGAACGUUCUGGCUGUAGAUUGGGAGAAGGGCGCAAGUACGUUGCUGUAUCCCGUUGCAAGAUAUCGUGUUCCAAAAGUUGGCAAAUUGGUAGCGGCGGUGAUAGAUCGAAUUUUAGAUUUUGGCCAAACGCCGGAACAGAUCGGAAUCAUUGGACAUAGCCUGGGGGCGCACAUUGCUGGAAUGGCCGGGAAGAGCACCCGACGAAAGAUUGGUUGCAUCGUUGGGUUAGACCCCGCCUCACCACUAUUUCGCUUGAAGAAGCCUUCGAAACGUCUGUCGGAUACUGACGCACAAUACGUGGAGGUGAUCCACACCAACGGAAAAGCGCUGGGCAUAUUUUCAAGCAUUGGAGUGGCCGAUUUCUAUCCCAAUGGUGGAGCGAAGCAACCCGGCUGUGGGUGGAACAUCAGUUGCAGUCACCAGAGAGCGGUGGACUACUUUAAGGAGAGUCUCAAGACUCGUAAUUUUUUCGCCAAUCGAUGUAACGACGAGAAGGGUUUGAGUUCGAAUUGUUCGUUGGGCGUUGCUACGUUGGGAGGGUUUAGAGCGCUGAGGAAAAACGGAAAGCCCCGGGGAGUGUACUACACGCUGACUGCCGACAAAAAACCAUUUUUGAGGAGUGUUUGAUUCGGAGGAUUAGUGAGGGAAUGAAAAAUUGUUCCAAUAAAUCUGAUAAUUCCAAUAAAUCAUUUUGUAUAAGAAGCUUCAGAAGGCCCAACUUAGCCAACAGGGAAUCGACAGGAAUUGUCAGCGAAAUAUUAUUGCAUAACGUCAAUUGAAUCAUUACGUCAAUGACUACUAGGGUGGUUCAAAAAAUCGAUUUUGCUACACAGUGCUCAUCUGAUUCUUUAUCAUGUCCUGAGUGUCCUCUGAAAAUUUGAGCUCAUUUGGAUUAAAACUGAUUUAGCACAAGCGAUUACAAGUUUGCAUGCAAAUUAGUAUGGGAAAAUUUAUUUUUUCAGUAUACUGUAAAUGACGCUUCCGCAUUAAGCGUAGGUUAAAAGAAAACCUACAUAGCUAAAAGGAAUACUCAACAGCUUUCACCCAACGAAAACCGCAUGUUGAUCAAUCGCCCCAAUAAUUAGUAAUCGAUUUUAAUACAGGUUGCGAAUCUUUAGUCAUAGUCAAACUUCUUUGAGGGCAUCACUGAAAUGUGCAGUGCAACAUAGUAGCCUGAAUUUGUGUGUGCUAGCUUUCGCGCCACGAGCAGCAAUGUUGCAUGUUGAGGAGUUAUGCAAUUAGCUCCA